AGUCACCGGAAGAUAAUGUAAGGCAUUUGUAUUCAUCACAGACCAAUAACUGCAAUAUCAACAGAACAUUAUCUUCAUCUACAGGAUGUGUCUAUUCUGAGGCAGUUUAUGGACUUGGGAAAGUAUAGUGAUUCCUAUGUAGCCUAAUGCAAACUGUAGAACUAAAUUUGGAAAACGUCAUGACUUGAUCGACUGAAUUACAGCUUUAAGAAUUAAAAAAAAAAUGUGACAUGAAAUUUGAAGAAGCCUGCGUGUAGCCUCACAUUGUCACGUUUGCGUCCUAUAGUUCAUAGUAGCCUCCUUGUUGUUGAUUGUGUUGUUGCCUAGGUUGUUGGAGUUUGACUUAAUUUGAGUCUGAAUAGCAUCAGUACCAAAAAAUUUCAAAAUACUUUGGAAUCAAAGUAAUUCUCUGAUAUACAGUACCGUCUUUCAUUCCAACAAAAGCUGAAUAGCUUCUCUCACCGAAUAUACCAUCCAAUUAGGAAGGCUGCUGCGUCGCCAGAUCAGAUUUCAGGUACGCUCCUAUUGGAUGAUUAAACUAUGCGCAGUUCUGACUGGCUUUCAACGCACAUGCUGCAAAAGACGAUGCAGACAAAAUCGGGGCGGAAUUUCUCAGACCUGACUUCAAAAUUCAGAGGGUUGUUCUGUCACUUGGCGAAAUCACAGCGAUACGGAUUACUCGUUCUCACUGGAAAACGCAGCUAUUGACAAAUGAACAGCGAUUCUGACUGUGAGUGACAUACCAAGGAAAACAAAUGCUGUGCCUGCGGGAGUCUGGAGACUGCCUUCGGGAGCAGAUGCGCUUCAUGAUGAGGUCCCUGCAGGACCUGAAGCAGAUGAGGAGGACCUGCGUGGCCCCCGGCCGCCCGCCCGCAGUGGCGCGGGCCUGCCAGCAGCGGGAGCGGCGGACGCGGCUGCGGUCGUCGGAAGCCAGCGAGGCCAGCGAGGCCAGCACGUACGACUCGGCCUGCUGCCUGACCGCGACCGCGGAGGAGGAGGAGGAGGGCGGGGGCAGUCAGCUCAGGCUGAUGUCCCCCAGCAGCGAGAAGAGCCUGGAGUUCGACUCCGGCUACUCAGAGGCUUCCUGGCAGGACGAGGGCGUGGUCCUGAGGCGGACCAGGAACGUGCGCGUCUCCACCAGCGCCUGCCUCCGCACAAACCGGGCCCCCGGCGACCGGGUCCGGCCCAAAUCCACUUCAGACGCUUGCCUGGAGCGCUGGACCUCCUUUGAGGCCAGUAACCCUGAGGACUGGACCACGUCGCUGCUCACGCGCGGCCGGAACCGGCAGCCACUAGUGCUGGGCGACAACAGCUUCGCCGACCUCAUCGAGAACUGGAUGGACCUGCCAGACUACCCCGACAAGGCCGAGCUCAAGCCCACCGCGGGCCGCCGCCUGGCCAAGGACUUCCUGGUCAAUGUGCGGCGGAAACUGGCGGGAAUGGCGAAGAACUCAGAGGGGCGGGGGAAGCCGGCGGACUCCUCUCGGGAGAACGAGGCUUCAGCGGCCCCCAAGCGCCUCUCCUGCCCUGUGGGCUUUCAGACGCGAGUGCCCUUCUUCCACAAGUCGCACACAGGCCUGCACGAGCUGGGCACAGACUUCUACCGCUUCACUGCCCUCAUGAAGACGGGUAGCCGGCAGCCAAUCAUCUGCAACGACAUCAUCGGCUACAUCUGACUGUUGUCAAGGCAGUGGGCUGCUUUCUCUCUGUAUCUCUUUCUUGCAUGGACAGUUCCCAAAAUGUGAAUUUAUUUUUAUAUGAUACAUUUCUGCCAAUAUUAAUGUUAUGUGUGUUGUAAUAAUAAAUGCAUUUUCAUCAGGAAAGAUGUAAAAAUAAUGUCUUUUUGAUGGAGUCAGUAAUUCAUGUAUUUAUUUCAAUAUUUUCAGAAAGUACACAUUACAUUAAUGGAAUGAAUUAAGUCAUUGAGUUAUGAAAAUGAAUGCUGUUACAGGCAAACAAAUACCAACAAUGUAAAUUAGUCCUGGAAAUGUCAUUAAAGAGUCAAAUUCAAAACCCUC